AUGACCAUGACGCAGAAUACCGAGGAUUCAAAGCCUCCGAACGGCUCAAAGUCGAUCAACCACGAAGAGAAUCAAUAUCUUGAUCUUGUCCGAGAAAUCCUUGAAAGCGGCGAGCGUCGACCGGACCGCACAGGCACUGGUACAUACUCCAUCUUCGCUCCUCGGCCCCUAAAAUUCUCGCUGAAUAAGAACGGAAUCCCCAUUCUUCCUCUCCUUACUACAAAGCGUGUCUUCACCCGAGCAGUCAUUGCCGAGCUUUUGUGGUUCAUCGAAGGCAACACUUCUUCUAACAGCCUCAGUGAAGCUGGCAUCAAAAUAUGGGAUGGCAAUGGAUCUCGCGAAUUUCUUGACAACCUCGGCCUCAAUCAUCGUGAGAUCGGCGAUCUCGGUCCCGUGUAUGGCUUCCAAUGGCGACACUUUGGUGCCGAGUAUAUUGAUGCAAAGACGGAUUACACAGGUCAGGGUGUAGACCAGCUUGCUGAGAUCAUUCACAAACUACGAACUAAUCCUUACGACCGCCGCCUGGUUCUUUCUGCUUGGAACCCUGCCGAUAUGAAGAAGAUGGUUCUCCCACCCUGCCACAUGUUCGCGCAGUUCUACGUCUCCUAUCCUCGGAGCAAGGGUGACGACUCAGGAACCAAGCCUCAGGGCCAUCUUCAUUGUCAGCUAUAUCAAAGGUCUUGCGAUAUGGGUUUGGGAGUUCCCUUCAACAUCGCCAGCUACGCGCUGUUGACCCACAUGCUUGCCCAUGUUUGUGAGCUAGUUCCUGGAAGUCUUACUCAUGUCAUGGGUGAUGCUCAUGUGUACCUCGAUCACGUUGAUGCCCUCAACACUCAAUUAGAGCGUGAGCCACGAAACUUCCCCGAGUUGGAAAUUUCUCGAGACAAGGGCGGAAGUAUCGACGGAUGGAAAGCAGAAGAUUUCACCAUUAACGGCUACGACCCUCACAAGACGAUUGCGAUGAAAAUGUCUGUAUGA